CCCGCUCGCGCCCGCGCCCGCGCCCGCGCAGGCGUUUACGUCUUCUGUCACCUCAGUUUCCCUCAGCUGACUAGCACGCGUGGCUAUCCUAGGGCCCGGCAGUCAAGAACCAUGAGGCGGGCAGCACUGCGGCUUUGUGCCUCUAGCAAGGCAUUGCUUGCUCCUAGCCGAGGACUGAUCCAGGGCUCCAGUAAACAAGGAGUCUUACACAUGCAUGAAGCAUGUUCGUCUAUACAUGUGAAUCAUGUUCGUGAUAAGUUGCGGGAAAUAGUAGGAGCAUCAACAAACUGGAGAGACCAUGUGAAAGCAAUGGAGGAAAGGAAGUUACUUCAUACUUUUUUGGCUAAGUCACAGAAAGCAUUACCACCUAGGAAAAUGAAGGACAGUUUAAUUGAAGUUCUCUUGCCUUUGGGCAGUGAGCCUGAAUUACGAGAGAAGUACUUGACUGUUCAAAACACAGUAAGAUUUGGCAGGAUUCUUGAGGAUCUCGACAGCUUAGGAGUUCUUGUUUGCUACAUGCACACCAAAAAUCCUUCUCUCAAGAUGUCUCCUUUAUCGAUAGUUACAGCCCUGGUGGACAAGAUUGAUAUGUGUAAGCAGAGCUUAAGCCCAGAACAGGACAUUAAGCUCACAGGCCAUGUUAGUUGGGUUGGGAAGACAUCCAUGGAGGUGAAGAUGCAAAUGUUCCAGCUGCAUGGUGAUGAAUUUUGUCCUGUUUUGGAGGCAACGUUUGUAAUGGUGGCUCGUGAUUCUGAAAAUAAAGGGCCUGCAUUUGUAAAUCCACUCAUCCUUGAAAGCCCAGAAGAUGAAGAACUCUUUAGACAAGGAGAAUUGAACAAGGGGAGAAGGAUUGCCUUUAGCUCCGCUUCAUUACUGAAAAUGGCUCCCAGUGCUGAGGAGAGGAACACCAUACAUGAUAUGUUUCUUAGCACACUGGAUCCAAAGACUAUAAGUUUUCAGAGUCGAGUUUUGCCCUCUAAUGCAGUGUGGAUGGAGAAUACCAAACUGAAGAGCUUAGAAAUUUGUCACCCUCAGGAACGGAACAUUUUCAAUAGGAUCUUUGGUGGUUUUCUUAUGAGGAAGGCAUAUGAACUUGGAUGGGCUACUGCUUGUAGCUUUGGUGGUUCCCGGCCAUUUUUGGUAACAGUGGAUGAUAUCAUGUUUCAGAAACCUGUUGAAGUUGGCUCAUUGCUCUAUCUUUCUUCACAGGUAUGCUUUACUCAGAAAAAUUACAUUCAAGUCAGAGUACAUAGUGAAGUGGCCUCUCUUCAGAAUAAAGAGCAUAUGACCACCAAUGUCUUUCAUUUUACAUUCAUGUCGGAAAAUGAAGUACCCUUGGUUUUCCCUAAAACAUAUGGAGAGUCCAUGUUGUAUUUAGAUGGGCAGCGGCAUUUCAAGUCCAUGAGUGUCCCGGUGACCAUGAAAAAGGACUACAAUGUGGAACCCUAAUAUUACCUUACUUGUGGCAAACCAGCACUCUCACACACAUAUACACAGUGACAUAGCACCUGAUAAAGUCUUGAUCAGAUAUAUUGGUUUUAGCAUUGUUUCGCAUUCUCCAUAGAAGAGCAUAUAUUCUGCCUUUAGGAUGAUCAAAAAAAAGCAGACCGAAAGAGUGGCUGUAUAGAGUUGAUGACUGAAAGUUAUUAAACAAUAAAUACUUUUAAAACUA